AUGACUAAAGACUCAUCACACACCUACAUCCAUCUGCAUCGCAGCCACCAUGCCGAUCUUCUAGAGGAUUUCAAUCGUACUCAUCUGCCUCACGAAGAGAUAUACGUUCCACCCGAACACCAGCCAUUGAACCCUGACGAUGAAGACGACGUUGUCCCUGAACAACAUGCUGCCUUUGGAAUCCAGAGAGCCACACAGCGUCAGCAAGAACCUGCUUGGCGUGAUCUCGGUCUGGACAGGAUCUUGAAUGAAGGGCCACCAAAGACCCAACGCCAGAACGAGCAACUAUCAAAAGUCCGUCUCUUGCGAUGA